AAAAUCAAAGAAAAAGAAACAAAAAACAUCAUAAAAAGCUGAGUUAUAAAAGCGUCUGUGGUAAAUCAUCAAUAAAUAACAGCACGUGUCCUGAUAAGAUGUGUGCAUAAAUAUCUCUGUGUGGUUCACGUCAAAUCAUUUUCAUCAACACAGAAUAAACUGCAGCUCCUCAUCUUCCUCUGAGUUCAUCGUCAAAGUCAAGAACAAUGAAGCACAGGUUGGUUCUGUUUUUGCAGCUCCUCCUGGGGACGUGCUCGGCUUAUGACUAUCCAAAUCUGGCUCUGCGUGGAAGAGCGACUCAGUCUGACCGUUAUUAUGACGCAUUUGGAGCUGCCUCCAAUGCCAUCGAUGGAAACCGUGAUUCCAACUUCCACGCUGGAUCAUGCACCCACACUGCUGCACAGACAAACCCCUGGUGGAGAGUGGACCUGCUGGAGCCCUACAUCGUCACCUCCAUCAUCAUCACAAACAGAGAUUCUGUUCCAGAAAGGAUCAACGGGGCAGAGAUCCACAUCGGCAACUCUUUGCAAGACAAUGGUGUCGCAAACCCGGUGGUUGGUGUAAUUCCUCAGAUCGCAGCAGGAAGAUCUUUAAAGAUUACUUUCACCAGCCGUGUGGAGGGACGUUAUGUGACCGUGCUUCUACCUGGUGCUGGAAGGGUCCUCACACUCUGUGAAGUGGAAGUCUACGGAUACCAUGCCCCAACUGGAGAGAACCUGGCGCUCCAAGGAAAAGCCACGCAGUCGUCACUGUCUUCUUAUUUAGGUGAUGCAUAUCAUGCCAUAGAUGGGAAUCGUAACAGCGUCUAUGUCGAUGGUUCUUGUACUCACACAAAAGCUAAUUUCAGCCCCUGGUGGAGACUGGACCUGGGCAAAACCCAUAAAGUGUUUUCUGUUAUGGUAACCAACAUAAUAGAGGCUUCCACUCGACUUAACGGAGCUGAGAUCCGAAUUGGAGAUUCUCUUGAAAACAAUGGCAACAACAAUCCCAGGUGUGCUGUGAUCUCAAGCAUCCCUGGAGGUUUCACUGAAACCUUCCAGUGUGACGGGAUGGACGGUCGCUACGUUAACAUCGUCAUUCCUGGAAGAACCGAGUACCUGCACGUGUGCGAGGUGGAGGUGUACGGCUCCAGGCUGGACUAAAAAAUCUACAACCGUGACGUUUGGAUGGAUGGCUCGAAGUAACAAUAAUAAUAAUAAAAAUAAUAUUUGAAGUGGGCCACGAUCCAUGAGAACCUGCAAGACUGGAAAAUAGAAAAACUUUGUAUAUGCAAUGUCUGCAUAUUUAAUUUAAUGUACAGUGACAAUAAUGUUGUGAGAUGUAAGACAUAUAGAUAGAUAGAUAGA